CGUGGUGCCGCCUUUAAAGCCCCUGCUGCAUAGCACAUGCAUUUAUUAGCAGCACACAUCAGUCUUGUGCAGGAAAACAUUUUCCCAUUCUUCGGCUGUUCUCACUCUUUGUUACCUUCGAAAUCAUGCCGGUCGGACUAUUCACCAUUAUUGGGGUUACAGCUGGGGCUGCUGGUGCAGUUGUGUUGGCUCCACUGGCUCUCACUGCAGCUGGAUUCACCUCCGCCGGUAUCGCAGCAAGUUCUGUGGCGGCCAGCAUGAUGUCAUCAGCAGCCGUAGCCAAUGGGGGUGCGGUGGCUGCAGGAAGUUUGGUGGCUGUCCUCCAGUCAGCAGGUGCUGCUGGGAUGUCUGCAGUGGUUACAGCAGGUGCGGCAUCUGUGGGCGGUGCCGCGGGUGCUAUAUUAGGUGGAGCUGCUGAUUUGUUGAAGAUCUUCUAUUAAUAAAAGGUUAUAAAAGGCAUUUGGCAGCAGCAUGCAUGUCAUGUUAAAAUGUGCACAACUCUUAAUGAUAAAGAUUGUGUUUUAAAAUAAGAAGCAGCUUGAAGUAGUUUGCAUUCUGUCAUUAAAGUUUAAAAUUAGUCAUUUUCUGAGGUUUACUCAGAUUGUGGAAAUGUAACUUUGUGACUGUAAUGUGACAAAUAUUAAUAAAACAUUUUUACUUCAAUUUCAUGAAUG